GUUCUUUAGAGUCUUGACAGUAGCAUGUAUAAAGCCAUUGUUUACCUCAGAUCUCAGAUACAUGGUCUGACAAAUCCAUAUGCAGUGGCUAUGACAUCUUAUGCUCUUGCCAAUGGAAAUGCACUUGACAAACAAGUCCUGUUGAGAAAAGCCUCUGCAGAUGGAAGUCACUGGCCUGUCCCUGGAAGCAGUACCUUUACUUUAGAGGCUUCGGCCUAUGCACUCCUGGCUCUCGUAAAAGCUCAAGACUUUCAGAAUGCAGCUCCCAUCGUAAACUGGCUCAACAACCAGAGGCAAUACAGUGGAGGAUAUGGCUCAACUCAGGCCACCAUCAUGGUAUUCCAGGCUGUAGCUGAAUACAGGAUUCAAGUGAAAGACAUAAAGCAGUUAGACCUGGAGAUGACCAUCCGAGUGGAAGGCAGCCGGCAACCGGUUGUGUGGAAGUUCAACAAAGAAAACUCUCAUCUCACACAAACAGAAAAGAUUCCAUCCAACAGGCAGAUCACCAUCAGUGCCAAGGGUUCUGGAGAGGCCUCUGUAACUGUUGUGACUGAGUACUAUGCAAAACCAAAAGAAAGCAAAAGCACUUGCAAGAACUUUGAGCUUGCUUUGGCUUUUGAAAGGAAUGAUAAAGUAACAUAUCAAGGAGCAACUGAGAGUUACAAACUCAUAAUCAAAACCAGAUAUCUGUCUGCUGACAGAGACGCCACCAUGUCUAUAUUGGACAUAUCAUUACUGACAGGAUUUGUUGUGGAUGAGAAUGAUCUUAAGGCGCUGUCAACUGGAUGUGACAGGAUCAUUCAGAAAUUUGAGAUGAACAAGCAGCUUUCAGAGCGAGGAUCCCUCAUCCUCUACCUGGACAAGAUUUCUCAUACCAGGGAAGAGAGGAUUUCAUUCCGGCUGCACAGAAUAAUGAAC